GAAGUCCAGCUAAAAGUGAAAGCCUAUCUGCUUGGUACAGACAUGUCUAACUUCAAAUAUGACGACUUCAUCGUGGUCUUGGAUGUUAUCAGCAGGCUGAUGCAAGUGGGGGAGGAGUUCUGCGGCAGUAACUCAGAGUUGCUGCAGGAAUCCAUCAAACGUCAGAGCGUAAACUACUUCAAGAACUACCACAGGACACGCCUGGAGGAGUUGCGGAUGUUUCUGGAAAAUGAGACGUGGGAACUGUGUCCUGUCAAGUCCAACUUCAACAUCGCUCAGCUCCAUGAGUUUAAGUUCAUGGGCCAGAGCCGGUCCCCUUCAGUGUCUCCCAGUAGACAGGUGUUGUCCAGUCAGGACCAGGUGUUGUCCAGCAAGGACCAGGAAGUCCUGUCUCUGUUUCAGCACUUCAGUCAGGAGGGGAACCCCUUUGAGAGGCACAUCGACAACAAAGAUGAGGAGACUGAGGACGUACUGGCCUCCAACGGGUAUGAGUCCGAUGAGCUGGAGAAGUGUGUGUACCAGGACUAUGACAGCGACAGUGACGUCCCUGAUGAACUCAAGCAGGACUACGUGGACGAGCAGACCGGAGACGUCCCUCUCAAGAGUGCAUCAAGGGAGACCCUGCGCAGCAGGAAGAAGUCCGACUACAGCCUAAACAAAGGCUCCAACGCUCCCAUCCUGACCAACACAACCCUCAACGUGAUCCGACUGGUCGGGAAGUACAUACAGAUGAUGAACAUUCUGAAACCAAUAGCCUUUGACGUCAUCCACUGUGUUUCCCAGCUGUUUGAUUACUACCUGUAUGCUGUCUACACCUUCUUCGGCCGCAAUGAUAUGUAUGAAUCAUCAGGUCCAGGUCUGAUCAGCAGCCGACUGAGAACAACACUGAACAGAAUCCAGGAGAGCCUCAUCCAAAUGGAUUCUCUGGGGGAAGGCAGCUCCAUCGUGCACGGUGGUCCGGGGGAGGACAGAAAGGAGAAGGUGCCUAGCCCCCACCUCAGCCAGCUUGUGGUCCUGACAGCCAGCGAGACCCUCUACGGCCUGGCCCAGAGGGUGGUCGCCACAGAGUCACUGGUGUUUCUGGCCGAGCAGUUUGAGUUCCUUCAGUCUCACCUAGACACCAUGAUGCCUGCAGCCAAGAAGCCGUUCCUCCAGCAGUUCUACUCACAGACUGUCUCCACGGCCAGUGAGCUACGUAAACCCAUAUACUGGGUGGUGGCGGCCAAGGCUUUAGACUACGAACAGAUGCUGCUGCUGAUGGCUGGAGUUAAGUGGGACAUUAGGGAGAUAAUGUCGCAGCACAACGUGUACGUUGACGUCCUGUUAAAGGAGUUUGAAGAGUUUAACAAGAGGCUGGGUGAUGUGUCCAGACACGUCCGGGUCCCUCUGCCUGUGUCUAAUGUCCUGUGGGAACACUGCAUCCGUCUGGCCAACAGGACGCUGGUGGAAGGCUAUGGUAACGUGAAGAAGUGCAGUAACGAAGGGCGGGCCCUGAUGCAGCUGGACUUCCAGCAGUUCCUGAUGAAGCUUGAGAAGCUGACGGACAUGAGGCCCAUCCCUGACAAGGACUUUGUGGAGACCUACAUCAAAGCCUACUACCUGACUGAGAAUGACAUGGAGCAGUUCAUCAAGAACCACAGGGAGUACUCCAUGAAGCAGCUGGCCAACCUGGUGAACGUGUGUCUGGGCUCUCACAUCAACAAGAAGGCCCGGCAGAAACUCCUGGCGGCUAUCGACGACAUCGACAGACCAAAGAGAUAGACAGACAGACGUGGUUAUUGUAUUUAAGGUGGCUCCUAAACCUGUGGCGGUUUUAGAAUGCCCUAGGGUUGUGCAAUCCCAGUAACUUUCCCAAAAUACCCAGGGUUUUCAGAAAUCCUCUUUGGACGAUUGCCGAUAUAUCUUUAUUAGUCCUGAUUUUAGGAAUUUUCCUAAUGGAUUUCUGGAAAACCUGGGAAUUUUUAAAACGUUACUAGAAUUUUGCAACCCUAGAAUGCUCAAAAACCCACCCGGAACAGAAAAGAAACAAUGAAACAAGAACUUCUGCUAACAAACACGCUCAUACAGGAAUGUUACAGUUAUUUACACUUAGUCAGAACAUAUAUGCUACUCUUGUGUAUGUCCCUCAUUUUGAUGUCCUAUAUGCUUACAGUUCCGCUGCGUUUUCUAGGUUUCCAUGGAGAUGCUCCGUUUUCCUGUUCAUCGUGAAUACAGUAUACAUGUAUAUGAGGAAGGAGUCUUGUUUUUACGAUAAAUGACUUGAAAUGCUGAAUGAUACUCCAUGACGUCUGAAUCGACUGGCAGACAGUUAUCUUUUUCUCCUACUGUAUGUCUAUAGCAUAAUGUAGUUCUUUCUGCCCGUCUGUAAACCGCUCAGGAGCAACGCCGGCCCUGGAGAAAAACUGAAUCAUUUAAUAUUUUCUUUUUGACUUGUAUCACUAUUAAGCGACUGAAAUAGCGCUGAGUUGAAAAAACGUUCCAUUUUCCAUUUAAAUCCAGGAAAAGUUCAUUUUUCCUGGUAUCACAUGUAAUGCAGAAACACAGUUUGUGAAAAAUCAUGGGAUGUUUGAUGAAAUAGUUUCCUUUAGGGUUACGCCUAUGGAGACAUCCAGUCUCUAGUGCCCUUCAAGUAUCCAUUAAUGAGGAUGACGGCACUAUGUUUGUUCUGUUGUUCCAGUAGUGUAGGGUGAACGCGCCAUAGACACUGAUCUAGGGUCAGUUUUGCAUCUCCACCACUAAUGGUAAAGGUAGGAUUGGGGGGAGGGGAAGCUGAUCCUAGAGCUGUACCUAAGGGAACCUUGGAGCUUGUUCGUCCAGGACUAUAACUACCUGUGCUUUGUUACGUCCAUAAAUGAUUUAUCCUGAUCUAAUGUUGAUUCUGAACAUAUUGAAUGGUUAGUUAUAGAUGAUGCACUAGGUCUAAUGUGGGUUUAGAUGAUAUCUUGCACGUCCUGCACUCGUUUCUUUCCAAGUCAUAUAUGUAAAAGGGUUUUUAUUGUCCAAACAAACAGCGUCCAUCAUUGUGACUGUAUCUGUAAAAAUAUACGUUUUUGAUAUCGCAACUGAUUCCAUUAUGUUUUCAUGCAUAACUAUCCCAAAAUAAUGCUGUAAAUGUUAAUGUGUAAAAUGUCAUUUUUAUUUAUUGUCAAUUUGGAUUCAGGAUGAUUUCUAUAUGAUAAGUACUGGAAGUGUUCUAUCAUCUGUUUGCUGGCGGUACCCUGUAUCUUGUUGUCAACUGUAAAAGAAUAUUUAAAAAGACACAAUUAGACUACAUAUUAUAAAACUCCAUGGCACUAUUAUGAAAAUAAAUCGUUAAAUGUUGGCGCUGUAGACUAAAGUAAGAUGAUUAUACAGUAACACAAUAAAUACACUAACAUUUAAACCCA